CUCUCUCUCUCUCUCUCUCUGUGCUCCAGCAGUAUAGCUGAGCUCCCCGGAGAGCCCCUCUUUAUUAGCAGCUCUCCCCGCUGAUUGGUUCGGAGGGUCGCACGUUCCAUUAUUCCCCUCCUUUUUUACUUCGCCGUAUUGGUCAUAGUGCACAGUUCCCGCCGAGCCCCGCGACUCCACGCAGCAGCCAUGCCUCUUGCCAGUCGGCGCCGGAGCCCAGCUUAAGCGUGCGGAGCGCGUCGGCUCUGGGUGGCACCGCACGGGCACAGAGAGGGCAUGCACCCCGCCGCCGUCAUAUACUGGGGAGACACGAGGACUCAUCCUGCCUCCGUCCCUCUGGCACUGCACGAGCAUCAGGGAACUCCAAUCGUUCCGGACCCCCCUUCCAGACCUGCUUGUUUCGAGCCCACCUCUGGCAUAGUAAAACCCAAGACCCUCUGAGGUUUGUAUUGCGAGCUCAUCACUUGGACAGUCGCAUCUCUCCGUUGUCCACUGACUAACUCUCAGCGGGGACAGCCGAACCUCCAGAGCUACCCGGGCGGCUAUAGCAUUCACAGAGGAGGCGGAGUGGAGCGCGGCGGACCCCCUAAGAGAGACCCCCGAAGCGCCUGCCAGCUGUUUCUCGUCACUCCUCCGACAGCGGCACCUGAGCUCCGCCACCUGUCCAUGACCCUCCAGGGUCUCCCGGCAACUCGACCCCUCUCUCAGGAAGACCGACGCGGUUGCGGAUGCCCAGAUCGCCCCUCACCUCCUCCUCUUCCUCUUCCUCCUCCCCUCUUCGUCUGCACUGUCGACCACUCGGAGGAUGGACGCCUUCUGACCGCGCACUGCUGCACCUCGGAGGAAGUUUUCAUUUGGCGUGUGAACUUUCUUGUGGCUCUGAGUAAUGUCAGCACUAAGGAGAAAAUUUGGGGAAGACUACCAAGUUGUGAACACAUCCCGAGCAGCAAGCUACACCGCCCCCGUUAAGAAGAAGAGGCAGAGGUUUGUGGACAAGAACGGGCGCUGCAAUGUCCAGCACGGCAACCUCGGCGGCGAAACCAGCCGCUACCUUUCCGAUCUCUUCACCACUUUAGUGGACCUCAAAUGGAGAUGGAACCUCCUCAUAUUUAUCUUGACCUACACCAUAGCCUGGCUGGUAAUGGCUUCCAUGUGGUGGGUCAUUGCCUACAUUAGGGGGGAUCUCAACCGCGCACACGAUUCCACCUACACCCCCUGCGUGGCCAACGUGUACAACUUUCCGUCGGCCUUCCUCUUCUUCAUUGAGACGGAAGCCACGAUCGGCUACGGCUACAGAUACAUCACCGAGAAAUGUCCCGAAGGCAUCAUCCUCUUCUUGUUCCAGUCCCUGCUGGGCUCCAUUGUGGACGCCUUCCUUAUCGGAUGCAUGUUCAUCAAGAUGUCUCAGCCAAAGAAACGAGCGGAGACCCUCAUGUUCAGCCACGACGCGGUCAUCUCCCAGCGCGACGGCAAGAUGUGCCUCAUGUUCAGGGUGGGCAACCUGAGAAACAGCCAUAUGGUGUCGGCGCAGAUCCGCUGCAAGCUGAUCAAGUCACGGCAGACCCCGGAGGGCGAGUUUCUUCCUCUGGAUCAGUGUGAACUGGACGUCGGCUUUGGGACAGGCGCCGAUCAGCUUUUCUUGGUCUCUCCUUUGACAAUCUGCCAUGAAAUCAACCCCAAGAGCCCCUUCUUUGAUCUCUCACAGCGAUCUCUGAUGAACGAGCAGUUCGAGAUUGUGGUCAUUUUGGAGGGCAUCGUGGAGACCACAGGAAUGACCUGUCAAGCCCGGACCUCCUACACCGAAGACGAGGUGCUCUGGGGCCACCGCUUCCUGCCGGUCAUGUCACUGGAGGAAGGCUUUUUCCGAGUGGAUUACUCUCAGUUUCAUGCCACCUUUGAGGUGCCCACUCCACCAUACAGCGUCAAGGAGCAGGAGGAGCAGAUGGCCCUGCCGUCGCCACUGAACACGCCGGCUCUGGGGGAGGCCAAGAUGGCCAGGAGGGAGCGAGUCUUCUCGGUGGACUGCAUCGACACCAUCGAGGAGCGCAGCAGCAGCAGCAGCAGCAGGCUGCCCAGCAAACUGCAGCGAAUGAGUUCAGGCAAAGAUGAGCUGCAGAGGAAGAUCCUGAGGAUGACGUCCCACCACUCGGAGAAGACCUGCAGCACGGGGGACCUGCCCCUCAAGCUUCAGAGGAUUAGCUCGGUGCCGAGCCAGGGGGAUGUGGAGGAGAGACUGCAGCUCAAGGCCCUGAAAAUCAGCUCGGAGCCCAUGACACAUUCCACCGGGGACCUCGAACAGAGCGUGCCCAUCACCCAGGUGGGAGUGGGGCGGCCCGAGGACAACCUGCCUGCCAAGCUGAGGAAAAUGAACUCGGACCGCCUCACUUAGGGCAGGCAGCCUGCACAAGUAGUUUUGGGGGUACAACUGUGAUUUCAUUCUUUUUUUAUUAUUUUUUAUCACCUCCAUUCCAAAGUGGAGCUUUAGGAUGCACGCAAAUCAGGGGGUCCAUGACCGGCCCGUCGAGAGGUCAUCUCGUAGGUAGUUCCCACACGACGCCAGCUCUGAGCGAAACAAGCUCAAGACACAAUCACACCCUGAAGGCAGAGAAAAAGAAGGCCGGGUGCCACACACUGCGAUGGCGAUAUGAAUGUGGGGUGCCCACCCCCCCGACACCUCACCCGCCUCUAGCCAUCCCAACUACAGAG